UUUGGUGGCAUGAGGGGAGGGACUAGUAAAUAAAUAAAUAAAUAGGCCAAAGUAACCGUGUGGAUACAGAAUUCGUAUGCGUAUGCACAUCAUCAAUCCAUCUUCCGAUCUGCUGCGAUUAUAAUCACCGGGGCUGAAUGGGGUCGUCGUGGGAUGUUGGUAAUUGGCCUUCUUUCGACCCCCACAACUUCAGCCAACUUCGCCCCAACGAUCCUUCUGCCCCUUCCAAGAAGACACCAAUUACUUAUCAUCCAACUCAUGAACGGACUCUUCCACCCCCCGACCAAGUAAUAUCUUCGGAAGCCAAAAACAUAUUGCUGAGGCAAUUCUAUCAGCGCGGUGAUGAGAAGUUGAGACCAAAGAGAGCUGCUCCCGAGAAUCUUUCACCGGAGCAAGAAUGCAAGCACCCUAGAGCUUCAUUCGCUUCAUCUUCCGAGCCUCCAAAAUGAGGCAUACUCACCUUUCUGCACAAUGAUGUAAAUAGUCUUCACUGUCGAGUGUUGAUACCAUAUGUUGUGUGUGUGUUUUAGUGAGGUAUGAUACGAGUGAAUCGUUUGCAUCUUGGUGUGUACUUUCAGCUAUACAGACUUGUACAUUUCUAUAUUUAUAAACAGGCAGAUAACUAAAUAUGCAAAACAACAUCCUUGGGCUAGUUAUUUUGUAAACGCGGCAGAUCCAUUUUUUACUC